AUCGCCUCCACCGCCGGACUUCCCUUUCCCCUAUGUACACGUGAAAAAUACCCAAAACCUCAAAUCCCUAAUGCUUUCGGAGCCCUAAGCCCCAACCCGCUCUCCUCGAGUCGCAUCUUGAAAUGGAGAUAUCUCGUCGCGAUCUCCUUCCAGAUGCUCUCUUUCCGAUCUUUUGGAUCCUCAUCGCCUUCGUUUUUCCGGCCAAAAUCUCCGGAAUUCGGAAGGACAUCGGUCUUCCAGAGAACCAUGUGUGCAGGAAUACUGUUCAAGGGCGAUAUUUGCUAUCGGAUGAUCAUGGCUAUGUAUGUUCUGCCCUUUCAGUUGAUUCAUUGUCUCGCUGCUGUCCUGAAAUAGGGGAGCGAUUUUCUUGUCACGGAUGCAACCUUGUUUCACAAUGCUGCAAUUCAUAUGAGUAUUGUGUAUCAUGCUGCUUACAUCCAUCCAGGACAAAGGAAGAUCUUGUGCUGAAAGUAAAGAUAGCCAAACCAAUUACGGCAGGCACUUAUGCUAGUGUUUUUGAUUUCUGUGCUGGAAGGUGCCGUCAUAAUUCCGCAAGUGUGGUUCAUGAGAAUGCAUAUGCAAGCAACUUUCAUCACUGCUUUUCUUUGCAGUUAAAUUUUUCAGGGAUAAUGGAACUAAGUUCUGAAGCAAGGCUGACAGGCAUUGAUAUUGUCAUUGGAAAGCAGGGGGAAUCCUGUAAUUCAGCAUGCAGGUUAAAGAAGCAAUCAUGUGUUCCAAACAGGCUCCUUGUGCUUAAUAAAUGUGAAUUCCUGCAGAGAUAUAUGAGCUGCAAGGGUGGAUGUUUUGCUAGCAUUGGAGCAGAUCAACCUGCUGAAGUUGUUGAUGAUGCACCAAAGGAUGUGAAUCCUGGGGCAUGCUUGUUUACACAAAGGGAGACAAUGCUUACAUGUGAUGGUUCACAUCAACACACAAGGAGACUGUGCCCAUGUGCAUGACUUGCGAUGCACUGUAACAAGGUUGAGCAUCAAAAAAUUUUAGGACAUAUUUUGACGGCAAUUGGUGAAACAGAAGGAGCCUCGAGGUGAUUGUUGUAGCUGCUAAUCCACAUUUUAAAAUCUCUUGCAGAAAAUACUGUUCGUCUUAGCCCAAAGAUUAGCUUUUCGUUACUUGUAACAAAAUCAUUAAGACAAGCCUCUAUUCCCUCCAUGCAAUUGCCUACAUGGGAUUAAGAAGGAAGACAAACUUGUUUUUUGUAUCAUAUCAUGCUCAUUUUUUGUAUGUAAAAUGUUGUUUUGGCUCCAAUUUUAAAUAGCAGUCACGUUCGUGCCAAAAAAAAAAAAUAGCAGUUACGUGGUGCAUCUGGAUGUCGGCACA